GUGCGCGCGUGGUCACGGGCGGCGGAGAAAGUGGGAACAAUAUUCCAUUUUAUUAAUUUUUUGUAUUUUAACCGGAUGUGUGGUUAUUUGAGUUAGUUCCACACGAUUCCUCCGUGGUGAAGUCACUCAGUCGCUCCGGCGGCAGCGGUAUCAUCCCGGUAUCAGCCCGGUGCGGAGAGAAAGCUCGGUAGUGGAUACGGAUCAUCGUCAUCAUCAUCACAACCUUCCUCCUGCUCGUCAUCCUCCGGCCCGCUGAGCAGCGAAGCCGGGAGCUGGAGUUUGCACCAGAGGACUCACCAUGGCGGUAAACCUGGACAAGGACGCGUACUACCGCCGCAUCAAGAGAUUAUACGGCAACUGGAAGAAAGGAGAGGAUGAGUUCGGCAAAGUCGAUGCCAUCGUGGUGUCGGUCGGGGUGGAUGAGGAGAUCGUCUACGCCAAAUCCACAGCCAUACAGACUUGGUUGUUUGGCUACGAGUUGACGGACACCAUCAUGGUCUUCUGCGACACCAAAAUCAUCUUCCUGGCCAGCAAGAAGAAAGUGGAUUUCCUCAAACAGGUGGCGGUGACCAAAGGCAAUGAGAACGCCAACGGCGUCCCGCCCAUCACCCUGCUCACCAGAGAAAAGAAUGAAAGCAACAAGGCCAACUUUGACAAGAUGAUCGAGGCGAUCCGAGGCAGCAGAGAAGGAAAGACGGUGGGAAUCUUCAGCAAAGACAAGUUCCCCGGAGAUUACAUGAAGAGCUGGAGCGACACGAUCACAGCCGAGGGCCUGGAAAAGGUGGACAUCAGUGCUGUGGUGGCAUACACGAUGGCAGUGAAGGAGGAUGGGGAGCUGGGCUUGAUGAAGAAGGCAGCGGCCAUCACCAGCGAGGUUUACUCAAAGUUCUUCAAAGAGCGCGUCAUGGAGAUCGUUGAUGCAGAUGAGAAAGUGCGUCACAGUAAACUGGCCGAGUCGGUGGAGAAGGCCAUCGAGGAGAAAAAGUAUCUGGGAGGAGCUGAUCCGUCCACCGUGGAGAUGUGUUAUCCUCCCAUCAUCCAGAGCGGAGGAAACUACAGCCUCAAGUUCAGCGUCGUCAGCGAUAAGAACCACAUGCACUUCGGCGCCAUCACGUGUGCGAUGGGCAUCCGCUACAAGUCGUACUGCUCCAACCUGGUGCGGACCCUCAUGGUGGACCCGCCCCAAGAGAUGCAGGACAACUACAACUUCCUGCUGCUGGUGGAGGAGGAGCUGCUCAAAGAGCUCAAACACGGUGUAAAGAUCUGCGACGCCUACAGUUCUGUUCUGGACUAUGUGAAGAAGGAGAAGUCGGAGCUCGUGUCAAAGUUGACCAAGAAUCUGGGCUUCGCGAUGGGAAUCGAGUUCAGAGAAGGAUCGUUGGUGUUGAACACGAAAAACCAGUACAAACUGAAGAAAGGCAUGGUGUUGAGCAUCAGUUUGGGCUUUGCUGACCUUGUAAAUAAAGAGGGCAAAAAGGAAGAGCAGAAGAAAUAUGCCUUAUUUAUUGGCGACACGAUACAAAUCAAUGAGGAAGAAGCUGCCACGAUCCUCACACCUGUCAAGAAGAAGAUCAAGAAUGUGGGAAUCUUCCUGAAGAAUGACGACGAGGAGGACGAGGAGGAAGAUGGCGACGAUGCGGAGGAGCUGCUAGGGAAAGGAGCUCGCAGCGCAGCGCUGCUCGCGGACAGAACCCGGAACGAGAUGACGGCGGAGGAGAAGAGGCGGGCCCACCAGAAGGAGUUGGCCAAUCAUCUGAACGAAGAAGCCAAGCGUCGUCUGACUGAGCAGAAGGGAGAGCAGCAGAUUCAGAAGGCCAGAAAAUCGAACGUGUCGUAUAAGAACGUGUCUCAGAUGCCUAGAGAAAAAGACAUCAGAGACAUGAAGAUCUUCAUCGACAAGAAGUACGAGACGGUCGUCAUGCCUGUGUUCGGUAUUGCCACGCCGUUCCACAUCGCCACCAUCAAGAACAUCAGUAUGUCUGUAGAAGGAGACUACACCUAUCUGAGGAUCAACUUCUACGUCCCCGGUAGCUCGCUGGGACGUCAGGAGGGAAACAUCUUCCCCAACCCCGACGCCACAUUCGUCAAAGAAAUCACGUACCGAGCGUCCAACCUGAAGGCUCCAGGCGACCCGUCGGUGCCAUCCACCAACCUGCAGAACGCCUUCCGCAUCAUCAAGGAGGUGCAGAAACGCUACAAGACGCGAGAGGCCGAGGAGAAGGAGAAGGAAGGCAUCGUGAAACAAGACUCGCUUGUGAUCAACCUCAACCGCAGCAACCCCAAACUCAAAGACCUGUACAUCAGACCCAACAUCGCACAGAAGAGGAUGCAGGGUUCGCUGGAGGCGCACACCAAUGGUUUCCGUUUCACAUCAGUCCGCGGUGACAAAGUGGACAUCCUCUACAACAACAUCAAACACGCCAUCUUCCAGCCGUGUGACGGGGAGAUGAUCAUCGUGCUGCACUUCCAUCUCAAGAACGCCAUCAUGUUUGGGAAGAGACGCCACACGGACGUCCAGUUCUACACGGAGGUCGGCGAGAUCACCACCGACUUGGGGAAACACCAACACAUGCACGACCGUGACGACCUGUAUGCCGAGCAGAUGGAGCGCGAGAUGAGACACAAGCUGAAGUCGGCGUUCAAGAACUUCAUCGAGAAGGUGGAGACGCUGACAAAGGAGCAGCUGGAGUUCGAGGUUCCCUUCCGAGACCUGGGGUUCCAGGGCGCCCCCUACAGGAGCACCUGCCUGCUGCAGCCCACGUCCGGUUCACUUGUCAAUACCACUGAAUGGCCGCCCUUCGUCGUGACUCUGGACGAGGUGGAGCUUGUCCACUUUGAGCGUGUGCAGUUCCACCUGAAGAACUUUGACGUGGUCAUCGUCUACAAGGAUUACAACAAGAAGGUCACCAUGAUCAACGCUGUGCCAGUCAACUCCCUGGACCCUAUCAAGGAGUGGCUCAACUCGUGUGACAUCAAGUACACAGAGGGGGUCCAGUCUUUGAACUGGACCAAGAUCAUGAAGACCAUCGUGGAUGAUCCCGAGGGAUUCUUCGAGCAGGGAGGCUGGUCCUUCUUAGACCCAGAGAGCGAGGGAAGUGGUGCAGAGGAAGAUUCAGAGUCUGAGAUGGAAGAUGAGACGUUCAACCCGUCUGCAGAUGAAGAGGAGGAAGAGGAGGAGGACAGUGAUGAAGAUUACAGCUCGGAGACCGAGGACUCUGGUGAUUUCAGUGAGUCGCUGGGCAGCGAGGAGGAAAGUGGGAAGGACUGGGACGAGCUGGAGGAGGAAGCCAGGAAAGCUGACAAAGAGAGCACCUACGAGGACGAGGACACGUCCAACAGGAAGAGAAAGGUCCGUCCCCCGCCAGCCCCUCCCAGCAAGAAGAAGAGACGGACCUAAGUGUCACACACACACACACACACACACACACACACACACACACACACACACACACACACACACACACACACACACACACACACACACACACACACACACACACACUGCCAAAACCUAGCUGACCCUGACCCUCCCUUCUACCCCAACCGGCUCUUUUCACACAAACACUCUGACACACGACGUGUAAAUAGACGUAGAAGCUCCUUAUUUUUGUGUUGGUCCGUGAAGUGUCACGUUGAAUUGAUGAGAAAGAACCAGCGGAACACACUUACACGCACACACACACACACACACACACACACACUUAAUUAGCUCCUUUCCCUCUUCUUUCCUUCCUCAUUCUCCUUAAUUCCACUUCCUCUCUCCAUCCAUUCAUCAGGGUUUCGUGCGUGUGUGUGUGUGUGUGUAUGCGCGUGCGUGUGUGUGUGUAAAUGGGUUUUUAUUGCAAGCAUUGUUAAUUUUUUUGUUAAAAAAAGAUACGUUUCUUAACUAAUGAAUAAUAAAAGACGAGACCUGACAUUUCCUCUGCCAAGUGUUUUAUAUAAACUCUCUCUCCACCUCCUCGUCUACAUUUCCCUUUGUGUUUGUCACUUGUGGUAAUAAAAUGGAAUGUUUGUCUUUUGAAGGGGCAGAUACACAUUUUCUGAUUGUUAUUUUUUAAUGGGUUUGUAAGAGUUUGCAGACAGACACACACACUCUCUACUUUGUCCUUCGUCGUCCUCCCUUCUUUGUUCUUUCUGAGUAGAUAUGUUGUAUUGUUUAUUCAGAAAAUCCUGUUUUUGUAAUAAAAUUAAAAGGAACUAGUUUUCA